AACGUCCCCCAGCGCACACGGCGUAAAGGAGAGUACGGCGCGCGAGUCUGUGGAAGGGACAUAACGGUUUUCUUUUUUGCCCCCCCCUCUCCCACUGAAAUAACAAGAACCAAACAAACCUGAAUCUAAGAGGGGCUUAGAGUGUUCUGCUUUCAAGGAGGAGGGCAGCGAGGGAUUGGAGCAGCAAGUUUUUUUUCUGUUUUUUCUCUCUUUCGCACAAAGGGGAUUUUGUGUUUUUAUUCUUUCCACGGUGGUUUGUUCUCCGCUCUCGCCGCAAAGAUGAUGGUCGGAGAGGUCGAAGUGAAGGAGCGACCGAGGCCGAGUCCCGACUAUUUGAUGCAGUUAUUAAACGAGAAGAAGCUCAUGACGAGUUUGCCAAAUCUCUGCGGCAUCUUCACACACUUGGAGAGGCUUCUGGACGAAGAAAUCAACAGAGUGCGUAAAGAUAUGUACAGCGACACAGUGAAUGGCCUUGUGGACAGACACCCACUGGAGCUGCCCGAACCUAUCGGACCCAUCGUUCACCUGCAGGAGAAACUGUUUGUGCCUGUCAAAGAGUACCCAGAUUAUAACUUUGUGGGAAGAAUUCUUGGUCCCCGGGGACUCACUGCCAAACAGCUGGAAGCAGAGACGGGAUGCAAAAUCAUGGUGCGAGGCAAGAGCUCCAUGAGAGACAAGAAGAAGGAGGAGCAGAACAGAGGAAAGCCCAACUGGGAACACCUAAAUGAAGACCUACAUGUCCUAAUCACAGUGGAAGACACACAGAACAGAGCCGAGAUCAAGAUGAGGAGAGCAGUCGAGGAAGUCAAGAAGCUCCUUGUACCUGCUGCGGAGGGGGAAGACAAUUUGAAGAAGAUGCAGCUAAUGGAGUUAGCUAUACUCAACGGGACUUACAGAGACAACAACAUUAAAACACCCACCCUUGCGUUCUCUCUUGCAGCGGCGGCAGCAGCCGCACAGGGCCCCCGCCUCAUAGCAGCUCCAGCAGGUCAGGUGUUGCCUCCUCCGGCACUCCGGCCUCCGACACCCGCUGGAGCCCCCAUCAUGAACAUCAUCCGGCCCACUCAGAUGGCUGCCAUGCUGCCCAAUGGCACCCCCACACUGGUGCCUCCCACACCGGAUGCUGGGCUAAUCUACACCACCCCCUACGAGUACCCCUACGCCUUGGCACCCACCUCGCUGCUGGAGUACCCCAUCGAGCACAGUGGGGUUCUAGGUAAGAGAGCCUGGGGAAGCAUGGGUGCAGCAGGUACAGCGGCCAGCUUUAGCCAACCUGGACAGGAGGGCAGCUUGUUUUACCCUGGAGCUGGGAUGCUGGAUGCAGCUUCCCUGAGCCACAGUCAGGACUUAUUGAAAGGUGCAAUGGCUACUAAAGUGAGACGGCAUGACACGCGGGUCCAUCCUUACCAAAGGAUUGUGACCGCUGACAGAGCCGCCACCGGCAACUAACACAUGACCUUCUGACCUCUGAACUCUUCACCCAAUGAUGAGCCGCCCCAAGCCUGCCUGCUGAUCAGUUAACUGGUAAUUGCCUUUUGCUAGCCUCUCGGACGCAAGUGGCAGAGAGAGGCGCCUGCCUGUACAGUUACCCUAACACGUUCUGACAAAAAGAUAGAAACCAACGCAGAAUCUUCACUGAAACAUAAAACAACAACAACAACGACGUUGUGUAUUAUUCAUUUCUCCCUCUGUUCAUUAGUUAAGUUCCCAUUCUUUCUUUUUCUUUUCCUUCAUGAACCAUGCUCUGGGUGGAUGUGUUUGUGGUAUUACUCAUAAAUCUGCACUGAAUUAUAUAGCAAUAAAGACCCCCCCAACCCCACCCACCCGUCCUCCUUUAACUACUCUAAUUUGGUGACCUCACUUGCUUUGGUCAAAGUUCAACAUCUGCAGUUAAAAACCGUUUGGUUUCAGAGUGAUAGUCACCCUCAAACAUCCCCGACCCCACCCCCACUUGAAGCAUGACUUGUAAGAGCGCCUACCUGCUCCCAGCCUCUUCAAACACCCACCCACUCUGAGAGAAAAAGAAACUGAAGGAAAGGGAACAUCCACUUACAUUAACUUGUUUAAUUUCUGUCAUUUUUCACAUGUAUUUCAGUUGAGCUCUGUGUUGUAAUUAUGAGCUGACACAUUCUGGGUGUGCCCCUCUAAACGGCUUCCUGUCUGUUUUUUGUUUUUAUGUUUUUAAAGCAUGGCUGAAAUGAUUGCAGAAGGAGCUUUUUAUGAUUUGUGUUGUUUUUUUUUUCUUCUGUCUUGAUUUUGUGUUUUUUUCUUUUUGAGUCAUUUUCUCCACUUUAUUUGGGUUUGUUUGUUCAGAUUUGACUAACUAGCUUAAGGAGCUAAAACAACGCAGGUGGUUUUCUCUAAAAGUCAGAACCCAGUUUAGUGUUUGAGGCAGGCGGCAGAAACUAAGAAAUGGUAGAAAGCGAGAUGGGACGGUCACUAUUUGGGUUGAUGGGUGUGUGUGUGUGUGUGUGAUCCCAUUAAUACUACAAUGAAAGUAGGGUGUGUGCUGAGGCUCAGGGGACACAGCAGCAGUGCUUAUUAGCUACUGACCAUUGCUACCCCCCCUCCCAUUCACACUACAUCCACUAUCCAGUGCCUGAUGUAUUUAGAAAAAAGUAUCUCAAUGAGUUUAGCUGAGCUGUGAUCGCGAAGACAAAAAAAAGUAUUGUGUGUGUAUUUAGCCAAAGGGUUUUCCAGUGAAUUAUAUAUCUGCAGUUAUGCAUCGGUGUCGCAGAGGGCUCUCUCUGUGAUUUUUAGAGUUUGGAAGGGUGUGAACUUCUUGUGCCUGCCUUCAGCUGAAACAGACAGCCAGUCGGAUAGAUUUUUGACCCCCUUACUGCUCAGUUUUGUUUUGUUUUUUUAUUUGUAUGAGGUGAACACAGGCAAUUAACACUAAAUUUUCACGCUACUCAAUAAUGCUAUUAUUGCAUUGCUAGAGGGUGAAGGAGGAUUCAAACUUCUGCACUUCUAUAUUGAGUUGUUUCAUCAGUCACUUUGACGAACAAGAUUUCCUCAUUUCUUUUAUUUGUCCAUUUGAAAAAUUGGCCAAUUUUUUUAUUCAUUUCUUUUUUGACUACGGCGCAUGAUAUUUUUGUGCAAGUCGAGGCAUAAUCAGAGCCUUCCUGCAUUGUCAAAUUUUGUUUUUAUUCAUUUUUUUUUCGUACUAAUGAAACUCCACACAUGCCAAACCAUCUAAAGUGCAUCCACAAUGUGUCACACCUCCCUCUGAUUGUAGUCAAGCUUCUGAGCCCACAAUCCUUUGUUCAAACUCUCAAGAAAAAAAUAGGAUGUGAAAGCCAUGCCUGCCUGUUCAAAUUGCUUUAUACAUACGUCUUAUAUAUCUAAAUAUAUAUAAAUAUAUAAAAAUGUAGAUAUCUGUCAUUGCAUAUAAAAUACAGAACAAAAAAAUAGAUAAUUUUACAGGGUGCUGGAGAUGAAAAAAAGAAUCAAAAAUCUAUUUUUGGCAAUUUUAGCUUUUGAUACUUUACUUGCAGUUAAAAAAUAAAAAAGUAAACAAAAAAAAGUUUCAGACAGUAUAGGAGAAAACAGAUAAACUGAGUGGGUGAGGAAAAGUGCUGUUACCUUGAAUAUAAUUGGAAAAGGAAGACCAAGACAGUUUUAACCCUCGGAAAGCUGGUGAGAUCAGAGCGAGACAGACGCCUAAAAGGAUCAAAUCAAAAGUGCCUUAUCAACAGUGGUUUCUGUCUUCUAGUAUCCCAGUUGUGUUUAAAAAUAUCCAGCACCCACCAAGAUGGCGCAGAGAGGAAAGGCUAGUGUUACAUGCUCUAAAUAGUUGAGCAGGGCAGCCGCCACCGCGUCGUGGCGUCACCCAAGUUACUCUAUGCAAAAAGAAUAGCAGUCAUUUUGACCAGCUAAAAUAUGUGCCAUGGUUUUGUCUUCCUGAAAUGAUUUUAUUUUUUUUUCUCUCUUUUACUUGAUGACCCUUUACUCUGCCGUAUGAGCAGGUUUUGUUGUCUUUUUAUCUCGAUUUUACUGAUUAUAUAAAAUAUUGUUUUGGUUUUUGGUGACUGUACCAAACUUCCUUUUGAACAAAUCGAACUGCCAUUUGCAACCAAGUAUUCUGCCGGAACAUGUUUUAGGUUAUGAGCUGAGGAAAAUACAAAGCAUUUCGGAGGAAAAUGGAUUAAAAAAAUAAAAUGAGUAAAGAGGGGGAGGGGGUCGGCCUGUUUGUUUCAACAACUGAAGAUUGAAAACAUCCGGUCCAUUUGACAACAAACGACCAGGACAGUAAUGAGACUUAUAAUGAACAAAUAUAAUGAAACAGCCUCGUUUCCCAGAGAAAUGGUUUUCAGUUAUUGAAACAAAAGACAGGUUGGGUGAAAUGAUAAACUGACAAAUAUUUAGAUUUGUUAAAACCUUUGGCAGUUUUGUUUUUUAUUAUUCACAGAAUUCUCAUCUUGCUGUUACACCAAAAGGUCAAUGAUUUUUUUUUUUCUUUUUCAGUGUUAUUAUUUUUGAAAUUGUAAUGCAAUAUUAAAGUGGAGCAAGAGAUGGCAAUUCAGCAUUUGACAGUAUUAAGAAAAUUCCCUCUGCAAUGUUACAACUUGCUGUGUCAUUGUGAAAGGCUGGAUAAGUCCAUCAGGUGAAAGGUCGACUCUAUACCUACCGUAUUCUCUCUGGCCUGCCUUCUACAUGUAUGAUAAUGUAAUUAACAGCCAUUGUUACAGGUUUAUAAUGUAUUUUUCUAAUCUCAUUUUAUAUGUGUAUUAAUCAUGUUUCUGAGUUUUGUUUUCUUUUAUU